GCCGCCGGCGAGCCGCGCUCAUUCCUCAGACAGGAGCGAGACACGGGACGUGACACGUGCUGGGUUAAAGAGUAUUCGGUACCGGUUGCCUGUAUUCGCGAUCGAGAAUCGUAUUUGACGCGGCGCGAAUCCUCGUCGAGUGAUUACAGUGACAAGAGACACGAAAGUGCUGCCUGGGCAAAAAAAACAUGGCCGACAGUGGUAUCAAGCGCAACAUUCCCAUCAAACUCGGUGACUUCAGCGUGAUCGACACCGAAUUCUCCAACAUACGCGAGCGCUUCGACGCCGAGAUGAGGAAGAUGGAGGACGAGAUGUCGCGGUUCCGCAGCGAGCUGAUGAACCGCGAGAGCAACAACUUCUUCAAGAGCACCACCAGUCGACACCACACGAGCACCAGCGAGCACCACACGUCGACGACCUCGAAGAAGGAAGGUUGGGACAAGGUCGAUCCUGCUGCACCGUCGAAGCGGUCCGCGUUCGACAGUUUCAAAAGCACCACCACGCAACAGUCCACUCAGAACAGCAGUUCUCUAAGUCCUCAGCACGAUCAUGCCUGGCUGGACGGACUCAAUAGUCCUCUCAUCCAGGACGAGGGUGACAAUAAGAUGUUGAAACUGCGCUUCGAUGUUUCGCAAUACACGCCCGAAGAAAUUGUCGUCAAGACUGUGGACAACAAACUAUUGGUCCAUGCUAAACACGAGGAGAAGACGGAGAGCAAAUCGGUAUACAGAGAAUACAAUCGAGAAUUCUUGUUGCCGAAGGGAACCAAUCCUGAGAGCAUCAAGUCUUCCCUGAGUAAGGACGGUGUCCUUACCGUGGAGGCGCCAUUACCGGCGAUUGGAUCGGGCGAGAAGUUAAUCCCGAUCGCACACCAGUAAACCCCAGUGACGAAUUGCGGAAAGUCGAUUUCUAAUUUUCUGCCUCGAAUUCCUCCCAUUAUUUCCAACCACCAUCCGACUUACCCAAAUUGGAUCUUUCCUUCGUAAGUCCUUGUAUCCUUCUUCUACUAUUACCUUUAUUAUAGUAACUUAAAGAAGUUGAUCUAUAUUCGAGCGAGAGAAAGUUUGACCAAUUUUAAACUACACUGAGAGAAAAGUGUUUGAUAUUCGUGAAUAUAUAAUUGCAUGGUAAAAUAAUUACGGCUAGAAGCUCCUUUUUUGUGGUUAUUAU